AUGACUGUCCUCUUGCAAGUUCAUGUGAUUAAAGAACCAGCUUAUGAUCUAUUAUUGGGAAGGCCAUUUGAUGCACUUUUACAAACUCACAUUCAGAACUUUGCAGAUGGAAGACAGAUUAUCACUCUGACUGAACCAUUGACCAAUAGAAGAAUUACUGUACCAACUUUUGCUAGAGGGUUUUCUAGUAACCUCGAGGAUUUGAUUAGCAAAGAUCAAGGAGAGGUGGCUAUAGUGUUUGAAGUUAAGAAAAAUGGUGAAGUCGAAAUUGAUAGUUACUGUCUCCCACCAAAGAAAAAGUUCACUUAUGAUGGACUUCGAAAUGCAUACCUGGUUGCAUCAGCAGAUGCUACUGCUCAUGAUAAACAUGCUCAACAUUCACUUUCUUCAUAUCUGUCUUCUGUUUAUUCUAUGGAUAUUAAAACUCCAGGUACCAAUAUUUCAACUGCUAUUACUGCUGAACCCAUGGCAGUACUUGCAUCUAGAAAAUACAAACCAGUAGCAAAGAAAGUGAGACCAAUUAUUGGUGAACUUCCCCAGAAAUUCAGAAUAAUCAGAGAUAUUAAGGGAGAUCCAUUGAAGGAUAUGCCUAAGCUAUCUACACACCCACCAGAGUUCAAACCUACUGGGAGAUAUACUGAAGCAAGAAAAGCAAUAAUAGACAAGAUA